AUGGCGAAACUCCUCGUAGCAAACGCUAGCGCCUGGCAACCUUCACCGGAACAAUUCAGCAGCGCUGUCGAGCAGCUGCACAAAGAAGAUUCCGUUCGCCGCGCAAUCGAGUCGGCGCGGGCUUCCGCCACGCGCCAAGGUUCAAAGCAUCCGAAUCCAGAAAACAAAGCACGCCUCCUGGCCAGGCAUCUCCUCCUGUGCGAGCUAACCGAUUCUGGAAACACGCAAGCCAACCGUCAGCUUUGCAAGAGAGACGUACGUCUUCCUAUCUCAGCAUUUGGAAAGCCACUCACGGCACCGUACCAAGACGGAAAUUACAGUGUCACACACGUGGCCGAGUGGGUGUGCUGCGCCCACUCAACGGCCGCUCCUCUCGGAGUUGACGUGGCCGCUGUACAUCCUCAAGAGAGCGCCACAUUUUCGCUUUGCUUGUCAAACGAAGAGCUUGCACAAGCAGAAGCGGUACCGCGCAAGCAGUGGCCGUCUCUCUUUGCGCUUUUCUGGACUUUAAAGGAAGCUGUGUUAAAGGCCCUCGGCUUGGGCCUCUCGACAAGGCUGCAAAUGUGCGAUAUCUGCCUUGACAGCGUCAAGCUAGAAAACCUAUCGGUCCUUCCAAACGUGGAACCGGCGUCCAUUUACACUGCACCAAAGCACCGUCUGAUGGUCUCACUGCAGGGUAACACUAAGCAGCCGUGGGCUUGCUCGUGUUUCAUGCUCCCCGGAGACCCUCCUCACAUUUUGUCAGUGGUCCUUCGGGAAGAGUUGAUGAACGGUAUCAUUGAGGUAAUGUUUGUGUCUCCUCAAACUGCGCUCCGGAAUUAG